CCUGUGUUGCGGAGCGGGAACAGCGGCGGCGAGAAGAGGAUUGAACAGAAGUCGACGGUGUGGGGAGCUGGAGUGACCCAGCCGGAUGUGCCCUCCAGAACAGAAUGGUGCUGGACUCAGGUGCUCAGGUGUAUGAGCAGGCACCUCCCAGCCCGCCAGCCAGCCCCUCCUCCUUGGCCCAUAGGCCGGGGCCCUCAGACCGAAAUGGGACAGCGCUGUUCCCCUGGCCUCAGUCCCUGGCCCUGCCCCUGGCUCUGUCCGUCCCCUCAGCCCUGCAGCCCCGGGCGGAGAGGCAGCCCUUCUCAGAGCUGCACUUGGGCCGCCGUGGACACAUGCGGCGCAGCGAGAGCACCUACACCGUGAACAGUACUGGCCGGCGAGGAGGCAGCACCCAGAAUCGGGCCCCGCCUGGACGGGGACGGGACCCAGGUAGGGGCACCCUGCGGCCUGCAGCCUCCCUGCCUCAUAUUGCUAAGGCUCGAAAGGAGGCAGGCCACGGUGCCAGCAAGAGCCCCUGCAUGUUGGUGGCUCUGCGGCCAACCAAUAUGGACCGCGAGCGGGACAAGUUCUUCCAGUCCCAUUACACCUACAACCCACAGUUCGAGUACCAGGAACCCAUGCCCACGGCUGUGCUGGAGAAAUACUGUGAGGCCUCUGGACAGUUCAUUCAUCAGGCAGUUGGCAUCAUCGAGGCUGUCCUGGAGAAGUUUGGGACCUAUGAACACUUCGAGGCUGCAACGGGGGGCCAGCUGCUGACCAAGUGCCAGAUCUGGUCCAUUGUGCGCAGAUACAUGCAGAAGGAGGGCUGCGUCGGGGAGGUAGUGGUGCAGCUGAGUGAGGACCUGCUGUCCCAGGCAGUGAUGAUGGUGGAGAACAGCCGACCAACAUUGGCCAUCAACCUGACUGGAGCCCGCCAGUAUUGGUUGGAGGGCAUGCUGCGGCACGAGAUAGGUACCCACUACCUUCGGGGCGUGAACAACGCACGACAGCCGUGGCACAGUGCCGAGGGCCGGCAGCAGUACGGGCUGCGGCCAGCAAACCCCACGGAGGAGGGCCUGGCCAGCCUGCACAGCGUGCUGUUCCGCAAGCAGCCCUUCCUGUGGCGCGCGGCACUGCUCUACUAUACGAUACAUCGUGCCGCCCGCAUGUCCUUUCGCCAGCUCUUCCAGGACCUGGCGCGCUACGUGCAGGAUGCCGAUGUGCGCUGGGAGUACUGCGUGCGUGCCAAGCGCGGCCAGACUGACACCUCGCUGCCUGGCUGCUUCAGCAAGGACCAGGUAUACCUGGAUGGCAUCCUGCGCAUUCUGCGGCAUCGCCAGACCAUCGACUUCCCACUGCUGACCUCGCUGGGCAAGGUUUCCUAUGAGGAUGUGGAUCACCUCCGGCCCCACGGGGUGCUGGACAACACCCGGGUGCCCCACUUCAUGCAGGACUUAGCGCGCUACCGGCAGCAGCUGGAACACAUCAUGACCACCAACCGGCUGGAUGAGGCAGAGCUGGGCCGCCUGCUGCCUGACUGAUACUGGUUGAGGGCUCCGGAUCGGCCCCCAGAACAUGAAGCUGGUUGCUCUGUGCUUCCACAGCCUGGGUGUUUCUUGGGGCCUGGGGAGGGCAGAAGCAUUUCAGGAGGGAGGAGCGGCAACAGCAGAGAAUUUGUGCUAGCCUCCCUGGACCCCAAGGGCCAACAGCAGCAUGUCAGGCAAACUGAGUCUGCCCUCCUGUCUCCAGCUGUCUGUUGAGCCAAGG